CAAUUUAACAAGCAACAGAACAGAACAGAACAAGACGCGCAUAAUUCAGAUCUAACUCUUCCAUCGUUCUCACAAUUAUGCACUCUUCACUCCCAAUUCCCAUUAUUGAUUAAUACUAGUAUAUAGUAACAACAAUAAUAAUAAUAAGGCUAAGAAGAAUAAUAAAUUAUUGUUAUUAUUGUUGUUGUGGUGGUGGUGGUGGUGGUGAGUAACUGAAUCGGGAAGAGAUGUCUCGGAGGCCGGUGAAUCCUUCGAGAAGGUUCGGAGACAGUGGCGGUGGAUUGUUCUCAAGUUCGAAAUCGAGGUCCUCGUCAAUUUUGCCUAUUGGCCUCGUAGUCUUGGGUGGUCUGUUUUUCAUUGUCUAUAUGCAUAAGGGAUCAGGUGGAUCUGGUGGUCACUUAGAUUCUGUUAGCAGGAUUGAAGGUGAUUAUUUGUGCAGUGGAGAGGUCCAACAAGCCAUUCCUAUUUUACAGAAAGCAUAUGGAGACAGCAUGCAUAAAGUUUUGCAUGUUGGACCUGAUAGUUGUUUUGUGGUCUCCAAAUUGUUAAGGCAGGAGGAAACUGAAGCUUGGGGUAUUGAACCGUAUGAUAUAGAGGAUGCCGAUAGUAAUUGCAAAGCACUUAUCCGUAGAGGCAGUGUGCGUGUGGCAGAUAUCAAAUUUCCUCUUCCAUACAGGCCAAAAUCUUUCUCCCUUGUAGUCGUUUCAGAUGCUCUGGAUUACUUAUCUCCCAGAUACCUCAAUAAAACACUUCCUGAUUUGGCAAGGGUAUCAGCAGAUGGUAUAGCGAUAUUUACUGGCUUUCCGACUCAACAAAAGGCCAAGAUGAGAAGUUCAUCCUGGUGGACCAAGUUUUUCGCUCAGAUUAACUUAGAAGAGAAUGAAUCUGCUUCUAAGAAGUUUGAACAAGCUUCAACAAAGGGCUCAUAUGAACCAAAAUGCCAGAUAUUCCACCUAAAGUCCCUCCCUUGAUUCCUGGAUAUGAUUACAUUUGUAGCAUUGCAGCUCCUGAUAGCUGCGUCUCGCUUCAUUUUUCAUCAGAAACACACUACUUCUAUAAAGGUAAUUUAAUUCUUUGAACCAUAGAUGAUGGUGUAUCACUUAUGUUUGUUUCCUGUAAUAGCUUUAUUCUUUAAAAUGGCAUUUAGCUAAGUUAUCAGUUGAAUUAGGUGAGCUGUAAGGAAAGUGGCGUUGAUUUUUGUAUUUAAAGUUAUAAGUUUCUUUUUUUCCCCCUUGAGAUAUAAAUUAAAUCUCAUUAUAUUUGUCUGAAUAAUCUAGCAAAAAGAAAGGAUUUUCUUCAGUUUA